CUAUAGUUUGUAUGCUGAACUCCAGUGGCGACGGUGCGCCUCCCUCCUCCUCUUGUGCGCCUUCGUCACUAGAAACAGGGGAUCGCUACACUUACAUCACUUCAAUGAACUCUACAGAGCAGUUCAUAAAAGCUGAGAUUGUAGUCACAACUCCACCAUCUGCAGCACAAUCAUCUCCCAGAGGAUGAUAGCAAGUGUCCAUUCCACCAGAAUGCCACAAAAACCAUGCACAACUACUCCUAUGAAGGCAGUUCUCAGCUUCUGUCUGUAGUCCUUCCAAGAACAUCUCCUCUGCCUCCUGCAUCACUGCGCAUUUGAAGCAAUGAUCCGCCCUAGAUUUUUCCGUGACCAAUAACAUUAGAGAUCAAGAGCAGUAGGGAGUCCAGUGAUGUUGCUCUUCACCUGUCAAGAUCCUUCUCGUGCUGGUACGAGAGCUGCGGGAAGUGACGGGGUAUGAUCCCGUUACAGCAGGAUCGUUAUUACAGAUGACAAGGGGGUAUAACGCCAUGUAACAGAGCAUUUAUGUAUCAUUAUAACGGCCGGUAUUUUGGACGGUGCUUUACUUGAGCGGUAUCACUGACUCCCGACCGGCCCUUGUUUGGCUUGUCAUGGGUUCGACUGUCUUCUCCGUUGCUCGUCUCCUGAGAAGAGCCCUCCAAAUCCGUCUGCGGUGCUCAGGAUCGCCGCUAGCCGCUGGGUCAAGCAGGCAUUUCUGCACCGCGAGAGCUCCUCGAACGACGCUGCAGUCCAUGAUAUGGCCGCUAGGCCUCCCCAGCGUCAGCCUCGAGCCGGAGCUCGACCGCUGGGUCGCGAGGGGCCACCGCGUCCGCCUCGUCGAGCUGCAGCACGUGAUACGAGAGCUCCGCAAGCGUCGUAGGUACAAGCAGGCUCUUGAGGUUUCUGAGUGGAUGAAAGGCAAGCAGAAAAUACAGUUCAUGUCCAGUGACCAUGCUGUGCAUUUGGAUCUAAUUGGUCAAGUCCAUGGACUCUCAUCUGCUGAAAGCUACUUUAAUAACAUGCGUGAAAAUGACAAAAAUGAAAAAACCUAUGGGGCACUCUUGAACUGUUAUGUGAGAGAACGGCUGGUAGAGAAAUCUUUGUCACAUAUUCAGAAGAUGAAGGAACUUGGAUUAGUAUCCUCUCCUUUGCCAUAUAAUGACAUCAUGUGCCUGUACACAAAUACUGGCCAGCAUGAAAAGGUUCCCUCAGUGCUAGAAGAUAUGAAAACUAAUGGUGUCCUACCUGAUAAUUUCAGCUACAGGAUUUGCAUCAAUUCUUAUGGUACAAUGUCUGAUAUUAAUGGCAUGGAGAUGAUCCUAGAGGAGAUGGAGCACCAGCCACAAAUUGUUGUCGAUUGGAACACCUAUUCGGUGGUUGCAAACAUCUACAUAAAAGCAAGUAUCACCGACAAGGCUUCGUCUGCACUAAAAAAAGCAGAAGAGAAACUUGAUAAAAGGAAUGCACUCGGCUACAAUCAUCUUAUCUCCCUCUACAGCCAACUUGGAAACAAAUCUGAGAUGCAGAGGUUAUGGGAACUUCAGAAAGUGAACUGUAAGAAGUUUAUCAACAAAGAUUACACCACUAUGCUUGGAGGACUGGUAAAGCUUGGGGAGGUGGAAGAAGCAGAAGUUUUGAUGAAAGAAUGGGAAUCAAGUGGGAAUGCAUUAGAUUGGCGUGUCCCAAAUGUUCUUCUAGUUGGUUACAAAAAAAUGGGGUUGCUAGAAAAGGCUGAGGCCAUGCUCGAUGACUUCUUGAAGAAAGGUAAAACUCCUGCAGCAAGCAGCUGGGGGAUUGUGGCUACAGGUUAUGCAGAAAAGGACAUGAUGGAUAAGGCAUAUGAACUUAUGAAAAAUGCUCUUUGUGUUUAUAUUUCAAGUGCAGGCUGGGAACCAAAUCCAACUAUUGUCAAAAGCAUCUUGCAUUAUCUUGGUGACAACAGUCAAAGCAAGGAUGUAGAGACUUUCAUCCAACUACUAAAAUUUGCAAUGCCAAUAGAUAGAGACAUGUAUCACACUUUAAUUAAGACCUAUAUUAGAGAAGGGAAGGAGGUGAGUGAACUUAUGCAGAGAAUGAAAUCUGAUGGAAUUAAAGAAAAUGAGGAGACAAAGAAGAUUCUGGACAGUGCAAGCAAGCAUUCUCCGUCUCAUUCAUAACAAGUGCUCGUAUUGCUGUCUCCUCUCUUUAUGGAAGGUGAGAUUAUCUUUCUUGAUCCCUAUUGCUGGAUUUUGUUUCUUCAUAAACCUUUUAUAGUUGUGUUUCAGCUAUGGCAUUAUCAUAAUCACCACCAGUAAACUUUCUCAUGCAUAAUUUGGUCCAGACUUUUGGGGUUAAAAGAAGAGCAUGAGAAUGUUGUUGUUUUGAAGCAUCUCUGAUCACCAUAUUCCCUAGGGGAUAUGAAGCUCUGGGGACAUGUUCCUAGCAUUAGUGGCACAAUGUGUGAAAGUUUGUUCAAACGAUGGAUGAUGUUUUUCCAUUAACAUAAGAAAUUGAUUGGUGAUGAAUGCAACUUUUUAA